UUGCCAAAUCUAGUUACACUUUUCAUCUCUUUUAGUCAAGAAAUCUGGUUCAUCUUUUUUAGGCAGAACACAAAUCAAACAAUCUCACUGGAUUCAAUGAGAAAAAGUUGUGAUUUUUGUGAUUAGUUAGUGAGUAUGAGUACUAGUAAGCAUUAAUUAAGAUUAAGCAACAAAUUAUAUUUGGUGGGUAGCUCUAAUAAAAGCGUGGCGAUCGUAUUCGUCCUUGUGCAAAAUCCAAACUCAGAAUUUGUUUUCUAAUAAACUCCACUUCUCACUCACACUCACGCAGGAGCUUGGAUUAUUGCAUCUCAUUUUACUUCUUGGAUGUACAAAUUGAUACGAGCGCAGGAUUUGAAGAUAGCUUGAUUUCAGCUUGGGACUGAAUCCCGUGGGGAUCACGUUUUCUCGGAUUGGAAGAAUCGUGAGCGAGAUAGGACUUGUGUGAACGAGAUGGAAGUGCACAUCUCAUAUGAUCUACGUUUCCAUUAUUUUUGUCUUAUGCAUUGAGCUGCAGUUGGAAUAAUGUGGAUGGGGGCAGUAAUGAUUUUGAGAAGUUAAUGUAGUUUCUGGUUUUUCCCAAUCCAGUCAGUGUGAGAAUAGUGCCUCGUAUAGUUCUAGGAGGAUAAUGAAAAUCCAUAGUUGUCUAUGAAGGAACCUAAGGCAUGGAGGUGGCAGAUGAAGACAUAACAUUUCUUAUUUGACCCGGUAUAACUGCAGAGAGUACUUGGAGUGAAAGAUGAAACAACUUCCAUUUAUGGGAGUUGUCUGUACAGUGAUGUUGUUUAUUAUAUACAGGACAACAAUUUUUCAGUAUCAACAAGCAGAGAUGGAACAAAAACUGGAUUCUUUUUAUACAUGGAAGGACUCAGGUGUGGAUACCAUGGAGAAGUUGCCUCGUGGUAUCAUUGAAGCAAAGUCAGACCUGGAGUUAAAGCCUCUAUGGACAAGCAGCGGUGCCAAUUCAAAGGACCGUGCUCAGCGCUCUGUUAAUUUGCUAGCGAUGCCUGUUGGAAUCAAGCAGAAGAAAAAUGUUGAUACUGUUGUGCGAAAGUUUCUUUCAGAAAAUUUCACAAUUGUGUUGUUUCACUAUGAUGGAAACUUGGAUGGAUGGUGGGACCUGCGUUGGAGCAAGCAAGCUACACAUAUAGUUGCUCUCAACCAAACAAAAUGGUGGUUUGCCAAACGCUUUUUACAUCCAGCUAUUGUGUCCAUUUAUGAUUACAUAUUCCUGUGGGAUGAAGAUUUGGGGGUUAAGAAUUUUCACCCCGGAAGGUAUCUGGACAUUAUAAAAUCUGAAGGACUUGAAAUAUCUCAGCCAGCUUUGGACCCAAAUUCUACUGGCAUACAUCAUCGGAUCACUAUAAGAAACCGAAUGAGUACAUUUCAUAGAAGAGUCUAUGAUGCCAGAGGUAGUAUUAAGUGCUCGGAUGAUAGUGAAGGGCCUCCAUGCAGUGGUUUUGUAGAAGGCAUGGCUCCUGUGUUUUCGAGAUCAGCAUGGCAUUGUGCCUGGCACUUGAUACAGAAUGAUCUUGUUCAUGGAUGGGGAAUGGACAUUAAACUUGGCUAUUGUGCACAGGGGGAUCGCACGAAAAAGAUAGGAGUUGUUGACAGUGAAUAUGUAGUUCAUCAGAGCAUACAAACAUUGGGUGGUGCAUCUGCUAGAAAGGCUGUGAAUUCUGAAGUGACUACAAAGAAGCAUGGUGUUGAUGUUAGAUUAGAGAUACGGAAGCAAUCUUCGAUGGAGCUUCAGAAAUUCAAGGAACGAUGGGACCGAGCUGUUAGGGAAGACAGAAACUGGGUCGACCCGUUUUCCUCAACCCAAAGACGCAGAUUUUGGGGCUAUUACAGACGUGCCAAAGUUUAAACAGCCUAAAAUUGAUCUCUGCAAUUUUAGUAAGUUAGUGGAUCAAACCUAUAAUGUUUACUUUUUGGUUCCUUUUCAUAUGAAAAUGGAAGAAAUAUUGAUGAAAAUACAGAAGGGAAAAAAAAGUGAUUUGCAAUUUAAUUGGUUUUGUAGUUAUAUAGGUAUACCAAGCAAAAUUAGCUGGACUUGUUUUCAUUUGUUAGAAAAUAGGCAUACUUCCGAAAGCCAAAAACUUUGGCUAAUCAUCAUUUGAUUGAUUUUAUUUUAUAUUCUAACAAUAGUCACGCUACUUUGAUACAACCGAAACCUAAAGUUGGUUAUAGAUGUCUUUAUCUUCUUUUU